AACGAUAAGAGUCAACUCACGGUUCAAGACAACUAAUCGUAUUUACAUAUUACGUCCACGUGACUCAUUAUAAUAUCAACUCGUGUGUUCCGACCGAAAGCAUUACGCUCUGUUCAUGCGUACGUUCGGCGCAGUGUUAAUUGCUGUGUUAAAUAUAAUCGUACAGAAAUUGUCUUCGCCGCACGACCGUGUGCGCGCUUCACGGAACGGUGGCAAAUCGAUUUGAUUAUUUUUCACUUAUUUAUCCUAACCGCAGGAAGUGUAACUCCACCGUUGGUUAUGGAAGGGUUAGUGGAACGAAUUUACACGAAACCUAGUGUACCGCCAGUCAUCGCUAUUACUGAAGUUGGUCAUAUAAAUUCAACAGAAUUGUUGGAUUGUGGAAUGGCAUUUGACGAUACAUCUAAAAGACCUAUAUUAAAAAUAUUCAACCAUCAUGGUGGUACUGUUGAAGAAGAAGAUACUAGUAGAAAGGAAUCUGUAAAAAAAUAUUUAGUUUUGAGAAAUAAGAAAACAAAUAAGGUUUUAAUUUACGGAACAAAAGUGAUGUAUCUUAAAAAGCCUGAUUAUUUUAAAACAAAAACAUUUGAAGACGAUUCAUUGACUGAUAAAAAUCAUGAAUUCAACAAGGUAUUUGGAACAAGAAAGUCUAUACGUAUGUCAAAAUCAAGAAUUAAUGAUACAGUGGAUUCUAAGACUGAUGUUUUUGAUAAUAUUUCAUCUUCUUCCGAUAUGUUGGAAUCGUCGUUUUCUAAGCCAAAUCCAUUUUCAAUUUAUUUACCUGAUGGAAGUAAUCGGUUUUCAAACAAACUUGAUUUGGUAUAUCCAGUUUCAACAUUAUUAAAUGAAAGUGAAAUAGAUUUAAUGACUGAUUAUGCAAAACAAAUUAUAAGCAUGCUACCAAUUAAGAGUGAUAAUGAAGAUUUAACAAGAUUUUUUAUUGUAAAUAUUCAAAAGUUAUCUCAUAAAUCAAUUCAAAAUAUUUGCCUUCUUACAUUUGCUGAUGGACUGGUGCAGUUGUUAAAAUAUAAAUCAGCUGAUUUGAAUUAUGCAAAUUUUGUUCUUUAUCCAAAUUGUGAAGUGAUAAAUGAUAAAGUGUUGGAUAAUUUUUUGGAAUUUCGUAUUACUGGGCGAGAUUUUUCAUCGAAAAUGAAGGAUAAAUGUGUUUGUCAUAUAAUUAUAAUCUUGAUUUUAAUUAACAAGAAUACUUUUGACUUAAGUUGGGUUUCACCAUUCCUCCCAAUGAGUAGUCAAAAAAGAUUGAUUAUGCUAAUGAAAGUAGUAGGAGCUACACCAGUAAAAGAUGAUAAAACAAAGUAUACAUUGAAACUUCCAUUACCAUCUUUACCAACAUUUAUUAAAACUCCAAAAAGAAGUCGAUGAUUGAUUAAAAAAUUUUAAUAAAUAACAAUUUUAUUCAUUUUAAGUACCAAGUUUUUAUUUAAACACACUACUAUCCAACUCAUCAAAUUUAUUGUGAAUAGUAUAUAUAAAGAGUGUCUAUAAGAAAAGUCUCAUGAGUUGUAAAAGAAUUAUAUUUAAGUGUGAAAAAUAAAUUCUUAUUGAAUAUUG